AUGCGUUCUCACCUCUACCCUAACUUGCCGAUUCUGACGAAAGCCUUCGACACGGUAAAUCGUGAAGGACUGUGGAAGAUCCUACAGAAACUCGGCUGUCCCGAGCGAUUCAUUGAGAUGGUGCGUCUGAUUCACGAUGGCGCGAGUCCCGGACAACGUAUCUGCCUCAGAGGCAUUUCCAUUGACCAACGGAGUGAAGCAGGGAUGCGUGCUAGCGCCUACCAUCUUCAGUCUUAUGUUAUCUGCCAUGCUGAUGGACGUAUACCGUGAUUAACGCCCCGAAAUCCGCAUCGCCUACAGGACGGACGGUCACCGGAAUCGACGGCGGAUGCACUUCCAACAGCGUGUGUCCACAAUCACUGCCCACGAAGUACUGCUCGCCGACUACUGCGUCCGAAACACCACAACGGAAAAGAACAUACAAAGGGGCAUGUAGCUUUUCGCUGCCGCGUGCGAGGACCUCGGACUGGUAAUCAACACGAAGAAGACGGUGGUGAUUCAUCGACCGCCAACGAGCACUGCUCCUCCCAACAAUGAGCCUCAAAUUAUCGUGAACCGAACCCAACAGCAAGUGGUGGACAACUUCCCGUACCUGGGAAGUAACCUCUCCCGCAGCAGGUAAAUCGACGAUGAAGUAGCUCGCCGGAUUACCAAGUCCAGUCGAGCCUUCGGCCCCUUUCAUAGCACAGAUUGGAAUCGUCAUUUCCAUCCUCCUCGUCCUUCUCCUCCUCAUCCUCAUCCUCAUCCUCCUACUCAUGCUCUUCCUUCUCCUACUCCUCCACUUCACCGGUGACGGCCGCUCAGGCGAAUGUCACGCACACAACAACCGACACCAUCCCUACUGCCUCCUACCCCAGCAGUGGGGACCAGGAGUACACCUGCCGUCAUUACGACCGAACAUUCUCCUCAAACAUUGGCCUGAUCGGUCACUUGAGAAUCCAUCGUACAGAGACUGGCGAACAACUGCCUGGAGUAUCAGCCUAAACCCACCACUCUUACCUCCACUGUCCAAACUGCCCUCGAACCUUCACGCAUCGCAAGGGCCCAUUCGGCCACAUGCGAAACCAGGAGAGCGGAAUUGACCUCUAUCCCGACACACCCACCGCAUCUACACAUCCACAAUGCCCAGCCCUACCCUCGCUUAAACGCUCUGCGCGCCCACCACGACGACCACUGCUUCAACCACAACCGAUUCAUCUGCGGCUGACACCGACAUCGAAGACUUUUCAUGCCCAAACUGUCCACGCACAUUUACCUCACGCAUCGGCCUGGUAGGUCACUUGCGAAUUUGUUGCACAGAGACUGGCGGGCCAGUGCGUGGAGCACCGACCUAUACCCACCACGCUCGUCUCAACUGCCCACAUUGCUCUCCCCAAUGCAGGGAUCGCAUGGGCCUAUUCGGCCACAUGUGCAUCCACGACGACCUGCGCUAGACAAACGCCGGCUACACCACACCACAACACACACCCGCCCUGCAUCCGACAGGACCACUCACCCUCCGCAAGCACCCAACUGCCACCUCCCACGCAAGUGGGAAGUGUGCAUCUCGACUCGGUCCCCAUGCGGAUAUGGCCGCACAGGUGACUUGAGUCUGAGAAUAUCCCGGCUCGUCAAGCGUCGAGGAUAGGAAGGUUGCUGAUUGACGCCCAUACUCGGUGUAGGGGGUGUCAGCGGUGGGUUCACGUGAUGGUCGUAGUGGUCGCUCACUUGCUUGCAGGCGAGACUACGCCUAGCGUCCAUUUGCUGGCACCCAACUGUGCGCAGGGUUUGCGGACUCCGCUGGAUGGAAGGUCGGAUGUAACCUUGCGUCGGCACCGUCGUGACGUGGUCCGUCUCUGCAUUCCGCUGGACUGCCGGUGAAGGGAUGGAACUCCUACACGACCUCGCCUUGAUGCGCCCACCUACGCCGUCGGAGGCCGCAGCUUACGGCGAAUUCGAGUCGCUCUCCACUACAAACAUAAAGCCGUGGUCCCAUAGUGGAGUUCGGCCGAGCCAAUCGGCACAUGGCAGCCCUAUUCAGGGGUGGCAAUGCCAGCCCCCACGAGGGGAAGGGCCUAGAAAAGGUGGCUUUAACAUUACUGGGCACCACGCCGUCUCCAGGCUAGCCAGGGCCGCAGAAGUCUAAACAUGGUUGAAACAAUCAAAAUCGAAACAACAACAAUACCAAUAACAACAACAACAGCCAUACCCAUUCUCCUCAUCCUAACUCUUCUUCACAUUCCUCCGUCUAUUCUUCUGCCUAUUCUUCUCCUUCGCCAUCUUCUCCUCCACCUCGUUCCCGUCGCCCCACUCGUUGUCACCAGACUGGCAGGGUGAGCCCGCUCACUCUGGCAGCCUGGAAUGUUCGUUCCCUUUUAGACAAUCCGAGGAGCAACCGACCGGAACGGAGGACGGCGCUAUUGGCACGAGAACUGGCGCGCUACAAGGUGGACAUCGCCGCACUUAGCGAGACCCGAUUCUCCGAACAAGGCCAACUGGAGGAGGGAGGUGCCGGUUACACCUUCUUCUGGAGUGGUCGGUCCAAGGCAGAGAGACGAGACGCGGGUGUUGCCUUCACCAUCCGGAACGACAUCGUGGGACGACUACCCUGUUUGCCGCAGGGCAUCAACAAUCGCCUGAUGAGCCUCCGUCUGCCUCUCCGGGUUGGGGACAAAUUCGCCACCUACAUCAGCGCCUACGCCCCGCCGAUGAGGUGCCCCGACGCCGCCGCAAGAGACAAGUUCUACGAGGACCUGCACGCCCUCCUGGCGACUGUGUCGAAGGCGGACAAGUUGAUUGUACUUGGCGACUUCAACGCCCGCGUCGGCACAGACCAUACUGCCUGGAGAGGAAUUCUGGGUCCCCACGGUCUCCGCGGCUCCAACGACAAUGGUCUGCUGCUGCUCCGCACCUGCGCAGAACACAGCCUCAUCCUGACUAACACGUUCUUCUGUCUGCCGGAGCAAGAGAAGGCCGCCUGGAGGCAUCCUCGGUCGCGUCAGUGGCACCUGCUGGACUACGUCCUCGUCCGAAGGCGUGACCAGCGGGACGUGCUGGUGACUAAGGCGAUCGCGGGUGCUGGUGGGUGGACCGACCAUCGCCCCGUCAUCUUGAAGAUGCGUAUUCGCCUACAGCCUGGCAGGAGACCACAAAGUAAGCGACCCCCAGGUAAGCUGAAUGUUGCCUUGUUGUCUUUGCCCGCUCACCAUCUUCCUUUCAGUAAUGAGAUAGCUCAACGGCUAGACAACCUUCCAAUCUCUGCCGACGAAGCUGCUGCCGAGAAUGCCUCCGUGGAGAACCGCUGGUGUCAACUGCGAGACAUGGUCCAGGCGACGGCGCUCGCCGUUUUCGGUCGCGCCCCCCGUCAACACCAGGACUGGUUCAACGACAACGACGCCACCAUCAGAAAUCUACUUGCUGAGAAGAACCGCCUACACAAAGCCUACGUAGAUCACCCCACUGAUGCCACCAAAUGUGCCUUCCACCGCAGUCGCCGCCAGCUUCAGCAACGACUGCGCGAGAUGCAGGACGACUGGACUGCUCGCAAAGCUGAGGAGAUUCAAGGCUACGCGGACCGCAAAGAAUGGAAUAACUUCUUCUCUGCGAUCAUAACUGUCUACGGUCUGCCGACGAAGGGCACUGCUCCUCUCCUCAGUGCCUACGGCAGCACUAUCCUGACUGAGAAGACGCAAAUUCUACAGCGAUGGGCCGAACAUUUCCGAGGCGUCCUCAACAGCUUCUCCGCCAUCUCCGACGCCGCCAUCGAGCGUUUGCCGCAAGUGGAGACCAACGCGGACCUCGACCUUCCGCCAUCUCUCCAGGAAACCAUCAGGGCCGUGCAGCAGCUCUCCAGCGGGAAAGCACCCGGAUCGGACGCCAUCCCUGCUAAGGUCUAUAAGCACGGAGGUCCCCAACUCAUGGAUCACCUGACUGCGCUCUUUCAGGAGAUGUGGCGUCAAGGCGGAGUCCCACAAGACUUCAAGGACGCAACAAUCGUGCACCUAUACAUGCGAAAAGGCAAUCGCCAAAUCUGUGACAAUCACUGCGGCAUCUCCCUGCUGAACAUCGCCGGGAAGAUCUUCGCUCGCAUCCUUCUCAACCGCCUCAAUAAUCAUCUGGAACAGGGCCUUCUGCCGGAAGGCCAGUGCGGCUUCCGUCGUCAUCGUGGGACCACGGAUAUGAUCUUCGCCGCCCGUCAUCUUCAGGAGAAGUGUCAGGAGAUGCGGACCCACCUGUACUCUACAUUCCUGGACCUGACGAAAGCCUUCGACACGGUUAAUCGUGAAGGACUGUGGAAGAUCAUGCAGAAAUUCGGCUGUCCGGAGCGAUUCACUCAGAUGGUGCGUCAGCUGCAUGACGGUAUGAUGGCGCGAGUUACGGACAACGGAGCUGUCUCAGAGGCAUUCGCAGUGACCAACGGUGUGAAGCAGGGAGGCGUGCCGUCACCAACCCUCUUCAGUCUCAUGUUCUCUGCCAUGCUGAUGGAAGCCUACCGCGACGAACGCCCCGGUAUCCGCAUCGACUACCGGACGGACGGUCAUCUCCUGAAUCAACGGCGCAUGAACUUCCAAUCGCGCGUAUCCACAACCACCGUGCACGAACUCCUCUUCGCGGACGACUGCGCCCUGAACACCACCUCGGAAGAGGAGAUGCAACGCAGCAUGGCCCUGUUCUCCGCCGCCUGCGAGAACUUCGGUCUGGUCAUUAACACGCAGAAGACGGUGAUGAUGCAUCAACCGCCACCCAACUUAGCCACAGCCCCCAACGCGCCGCCGCAAAUCAACGUGAACGGAACCCAACUGCAUCUGAUGGAUAACUUCCCGUACGUGGGCAGUACCCUCUCCCGCAACACCAAGAUCGACGACGAAGUCGCCAACAGCAUUUCGAAAGCCAUUCUAGCCUUCGGUCGCCUCCAAAGCACAGUUUGGAAUCGUCACGGUCUCGAACUGAGCACAAAGCUGAAGAUGUACAAGGCCGUCAUCCUGCCGACGCUACUGUACGGAGCGGAGACCUGGACGGUGUACACGAGACAGGCACGUCGACUGAACGACUUCCACCUCAGUUGUCUCCGUCGCAUCCUGCGGCUGAACUGGCACGAUCGCAUCCCCGACACUGAUGUGCUAGAACGUACGGGAAUGCUCAGCAUCUACUCCAUGCUGAGACAAAUGUAG